AAACAGUGAUACCACCAAAAAUCGGAAAAAAUUCCAGAGUCGAAAUGGUCGAAAGUGUUGUUACAAUCUGGCAAAUGCAACGGUUCAAAUUUAAAAUAUUCUCCCCGAGAUUUUUGUGAUAUUCCAUGCUUAUCAGUGCCAAUAGUUCUUUUUAUUAGGUAUCUGGAGACCUAGAAUUCUUUAUGUAUCACGUGAUAAAAUUGUGACAUUUUUAAAACAGAAGCAAUUCGAAACACAAAGAACAAAAUAAUGCUCACCCGAAAUUCUGCUGGUAGUAACCAACGACGAUCUUCGAUCCUUAAGCCACCAAAAUCUCGACAGCCAUUUCAAGAUUUGGAUUUCAAUGCUUCAUCAUCCGAGACAAGUCCAGAUAGUAUAAAGAAGAGACGUGUAAGCUUUGCCGAAAAGAAGCACGUCAAAGAAUUCUGUGACCACAAGGAGCAGGGUACAAUUUGGGAUAAUACUUACGAAGAAGCUGAUCAGAAUAUCUCAAAGUCGAUGGAAACUACAAAUGAGAAUAUAAACAGUAACAAUCUGGAUAUAGAAAACAACAAAAGUGUAGAGAUCGGAAUGAGAGAAAUGGGUUCUGCAUUUGUUUGCAAUGAACAUGAGUCAAUGCAUACCGACGCAUGUACAACCAUGGAUCAAAAUAAUCCAAUCUAUUCUUUGACCAAAGUAUUUUCCAACUCAGCCACGGACAUUCAAUUUACCGAUGUCAUUGCCUGUAGUCGUGGAAAUCUGAACCAUUUAAUGUCUCAAACAAUAUUUUGCAACGAUGUUGAUUUGGACACAACUGAGAUGGUUGGUGGGAUCGAGCAGACAGUUUCUGUCAGAAGAGCCAUCGACUCUCAAUCGACAUAUACAGCUAUUGAGAAAGACAUUAAAAAACAUGAAAGUACCAUGCUUUUUAAUGACAGUGACGGCGAGAUGAAGUUCACCCAAGUUAUCAGUGGUAAAAAUAUGCAGUUUUCAACACCUAUCAAGAUAGUUCCACAUUCAGAAAAGGUGAAUAUAGAAUCUCCUAUAGAAAAUCAGACUAUAAUAUUUGAUGACUCAGGGAUGGAUCUGACUUUGACAAAAUCACACUCAAAUCCGGGCUUAGAUAAAGAAAAUAAUAUGCCGAUCAACUCCAAAGUUACUCAUAAUGAUGAGCAACACAUUAAGAAUAAUUUAGAAAGCAAUUGUUGUAUGAACGAACAUGAAGUUGCUCGGGCCAUCAACAAGACUGUAUUUUUCGAUGAUUUUAGUUGCGACAUAACAAAAGCUAUCGGUGAUGUAAGACACUUGUUGCCUGUCAGGAAUUUAUCUGAAGAUAAGAUGGCAUCACGAAGAAUGGCGCCUGUGUCUAAUGAAUGUCAGACUUCCUGUAAGACUUUACUGGACAAAUCUGUUGAAUAUCAACUCAACAAUGUACCUUUUAUGACAAAAGACAUCAGGAUACUGUCAAAGCAUUGUGAUCAGGAGUUAAAAAUGUCUAAAAAGUCUGAAGAAGAUACGGCAAAAUUAAGGGAUAAAACUAUUUUCUUUAAUGACAUUGGCUGCGAAAUGACAGAGGCAAUCGAUACAUUAAGAACUGGUCCAGAUCAGAAUAGAAAUUCUAGCGAUACAAAUGAUGUGCAGCGUGUCAUGAAAUUUGAAUUGCCUGUGAGUAAACAACAUGAAAAUAUGGCAAAAUUAAGGGAUAAAACUAUUUUCUUUAGUGACAUUGGCUGCGAAAUGACAGAAGCAAUCGAUACAUUGAGAACUGGUCCAGAUCAGAAUAGAAAUUCUAGCGAUAUAAAUGACAUACAGCAUAUUAUACCAUUUGAAUUGCCUAUGAGUGAACAACAUGAAAAUAAUUUAAUGUUACAGAAAUUUAAAAGAUCUGACAAUCUUUUUUCUAGCAGUAAGCCCAGCAGCAUAGAAUCUGCACCGGAAUUAGUAGUUGAAAAUAAGGAUCAGACAAACUCAUGCGAUGACUCGUGUAUGGAAUUUACAACAGCAAUUACUACAGCUAAAAACAUAGAAGAUGACAGAGAUGAAAAUCUUAUAUUGGAAAUCAAUCAUCCUGCACUAUUUAAUAAUUGCAAUAUUGAUACUACCCAGAUAAAUCCGGAAUUACAUGUAGAAGAGCAAAUCACGCAUUUGGGCACUGAUUCAAUUUCUGUUGAAAUUGAAACUCAAGAACCACAGAAUGAAAUAAACCGAAUACCUAGAGAGAGCACGAGAAAUAUUGAAAACAACGAACGCUGUGAUUCCUCAGAGAACGAAAGAGCUGAACACGAUGCUGGCAUCAUCAGCUCUCCGAGCAUAGCUCUGGAUAAUCUUAGCGCCGAAGUGAAUGUAAAAGAGCAAGAUUUGUCGUUCAACACAGGCAUCAUGUCAAGUGAACCACAAUUCAGUAAGAAGAGGAAGUCGGAUGAGGGUAUGGAAAUUAUGGAAACAAGCAAAUCAUCCGAUCAAAUGUUGCUAAACAAAAACUCUGAGAAUGGCUUAGUACAGCAUUUAGUUGAUAACGAAUUGGUCAAUACAAAUAACGACAGUAUGUCUAAUAUGAUUACUCCGAGGUCUAAACGGCUUAAGAUAGCAAGUCCCAAUGCUGAAGAAAACUGUGUAUUCACCAAAGAAUACUCUGUCACUAAAAACUUGGAGUUGCAGGAAAAUACGAGUUUCCAAGUGAUCAACGCACCUCCAUCAAGAAAUACAGUUAUGCAUGAAUCACAAAGCACAAUAUCUAUAGAUAGAACAAUCGGAAGCAAUUGUGUUAGUGAUGUUGCUGACGAAAAGCAAAAAAGCAGCGAAGAGAUGACUACUACAAUUCCUGCUCCAAAUUUCUGUGAAGAUCCUGAGAUUUUGAUGAUUAGUCAGAAUGACGAUUCAAAACCUGCAGCUUCACUGACUCAGACUAAAGAUGUCAUCAGCGGGAAGGAAUAUUCUUUCAUAGAAGCAAAAGGAACAGACCCAUAUUCCGAUUCAGAUUUGGAAAUUACGGAGCUGCCGCAUGUUUGUGAGGAACACAAACCAGCCUCAGUAGAGUGUGAUAAAAGUUCGCAAAGUUUCUUGAUGCCAAAGAAAUGUUUGGAGUACAAUGACAAUUGUUGCUUUGUGAUGUUCAGUGAAGAACUUGCGAAGUAUGCUCAAAGAGAUAAUUGCAUUUGGGAAAUAAGGUCACUGGAUACAGAAAAAGUCAUAAUCGACUUUAUUUCAAAAUCCCUCGUCGUCAUAAUAAAUCUUGAAGCAAAUAAAGAGUUGACUGCACCUUAUCUAAUUACACAUAUUAGAAUAAUUUCACUUCUCCCGGAUUCUGCAGAUGAUGAUAUUUCUCUGGUCCAUAAUAUACUAUUAAAAAAACUCGAUCCUGAGCAUUUGAAAUUGGUACAUCGAACAACGCAGGGUAUUUUACCUUUGUUAGACUUGAUUUCAAACAAAGUGAAAUUACUGAUAGAUUUUAUGUACGAGUUUGAUAAGCUGCGGGAUUUUCAUGCGAUAACAAGAUCGGGAAAUAGGAUAUCGUUUCAACUUCAUAGCUACAAAGUACAACUGGUGAUAAAAGUUACUGUAGAUCUUGAGCCAUUUGAAGAUAUUAGGCCAAAUGACGUAACCGUGGAAUGUCUUUUAGGUAACAUAAAAGAAAAAGAUAUCAAGCAAUUAAUCACCGGUGUGAAAAAGGAUCACAGAUUCUUGACCAGAUGGAUCGACGCCGUUAAGGAGUAUAUCGCGUUAGUUGUCGAAAAAUGACACUUAUCUAUCAAACUCUAGUUUAUUAUAUCAGAUUUUAGAAGCAAGUAACUCGAUGCCAAGCGUCCUCAAGGUGUUCGUGAAUUUUACAAGAUAAUUAGGUAAGUUGAUUUUUAUUUCCAACUUCUAAAAUGUUCAAAAAUUGGUCUCGGAAUAUGGUGGCAAUAAUGACGUUAAUUGUAGAUAAGUUAAUUAAGAAGAAAAGUAUAGAAUACGUACAUUUUUAUACUAGAUAUAUGUAUAUGUGUUCAUUUUUUAAUUUUCAUAUGAUACAUAACAUGAAAGGUCCACACCUGUGAACAUCGGCGAAACUUAUUCUACCGUAUUACGGUCUGUAAUUUUCAACCCGAAGUAGUAUCAGUAGCACGAGGACAGACAUCGUAGUUUGAAACUACACCUUCUUAGAAAUGCUGUAGUGAAAAAAAAGCCCGGAUACCGCUUAUACCAAUUUUGAAUAACUUUGACGAACAGAAACAUGGUCACAUUUACGGCAGACGAAGAUUGAUAGGAUCAAUUAUAAUUAAGGUUUGGAUUAUCGGUUAUCAAUAUAGGCCGGUAGGCGUAAAGCGUGGAGAAGAAAUUAUAUCUAAUUAACAGCGCCGUCUGAUUUUUUAUUCUUGAUUUUCGUAAAGGGCCUUCCCACGGAAGCGGCGUGGGUUUUACCUGCGAGAUAUAUCACCCGAUUUUAUGAACGGAAUGUCAAGUUGUCGAGUAGAAAACUCGAUCUCACGAAGUUUCGAAAUUUUCGAGUACAGUUAUCAUAUUACUAUGUAUACGUAGGUUUAGGUACAUACGCUCGAAUACUGUAUACAUAAUGCGGUAUAUGUAUGUAAAAUUUUGUUUACAGUAGUAGAAUUUCUAAGAACAAUCGUAAACCUUGGAGCUACCGUUUGUUCACACCUAGCAUAAACAUGCCUCGUACAAAUUUAUUGAAUCCAAAACUUCCUAAUACUAUCAAGUAUAAAUCAUUGGAUGUUUUUUUAUUUUUCUAACUUUCUUCCAUUGUUAAAGGAAAAAUUCAGUAGAUAUGACACAACUUUUCAAGAAAACAAAUAUCAAUUAAUUCGCCAAUUGUUAAUGCUAACACGACCGAACGUUCCUAUAAUUUUUAUCGCCCUACAAGUAUUUCCUUCGUAUGGGAUACGUCCAGCGGCAAUUAUACAGAUAGAUUGAAAGGUAAGGAAAUAAUUUACGAAAAAGGCAAUUGAUUUGGGUAUCAGACAACAAUUCAAGAUAAUUAAAUGAAUUGUACAGAGGGAAUAGGCGAUAUUGAAAAGCGAGGAAAAUGAGGAUCAUUAGGUGUAAUGGUUAUUGGAAGAUCGUUUUAUCUCUCUUUCAAUGGGAGAGCGAUCACUGGUUUGGGUUUCGGGACUCGUUCGGCGGCAUCUCCCGAGGGCGACGCGACGGGUGUAACCGUCCGUUGGCUGGUUACAGCGCGCGAGUCCGCCCACGCUUCGUUCUGCGCGGCGCGGUGCGGACCGAUUACAACACUCACGUUCUGUCCGAAUUGCUUCAGCCAUUGAUGAAACCUGCGGAGAGUUACCGGUGGCCGAAGGUGCAGCCCCGCAGACCGGUUUCGACUUUCACGUGGCUUUAUCGAGCGCGCCCGCCUCACGCCAGCGUGCUGUUCCUUCCUAUCCAAUCGUUCGGAUCUCCGUAUGCCGCGGCUAUCUAUUUAACGUAUCGCUUUUACGCCGACCUCGUGUUCCGUAUAUUUAUAAAACCGCACGACUCCGUAGGCAAACUACCCGCACGUGUAUUCUUCAUUAUCGUAUUUGAACUUGUACAUAAGUACAUACAUCAUGCACUCAACUUUCCUAUACCUGCGGGUGCAGGUAGCGCGUCGUAAAUCACAUCUUAUACCCCAUGCUUGUACAUGUUAUACCUAUAUACUCUCUUCGAACGAUUCAUGU